AUGGAAACAAUUCAAGACGGUCCAAUAUUUAUCGAUGUGAGUAGUGGACAGGAGCAAACAUCUGAGGAAUUUGUUCAGGACUCUGAAAUAGAGACUGUAACAAAUGAUGAUGAAAACCACAAACCUGAAGUGGACAUGGAACUGCUAAAGAAAACCGAAGAUCCAUAUCUGAGGAUUCAGGAACGUCGCAUCCGCUGCCCAGAAUGCUACAGAUAUACGGCGGAAAACGAGGAGAAGAUGCAACGGCAUAUCAGAAAGGUGCACCGAGGGGAGAAUCCAUUCCAGUGCUCCAUGUGUGACUACAGUACCUACAACAAGUCAAUGUUCGAAGAACACGUCCGGAUUCACCAAGGAAUCAAGCCGUUCAAAUGCUCCAAAUGCCCAUAUAGAAGUGUCUCCAAGAAAAACACCAAGAAACAUGAACUGAUACAUCGUUCGAACAACCCGCUGAAGUGUACGCAUUGCGACUUCAUCGCGCGUCACUCGCGUUCCUUCCUCUGUCAUAUAAAAAAGCACGCGAUAGAAGAGAAGGUAGACGAUAGUGAAGCCAUGAUUAAGUGCUUGAAGUGCAAUCAGAGUUACAAGAGGUCCGCGUUCAAAGAACAUCAGAAGGCGAGUGAAGACUGCAAACGAUGUGGCUUCACGUCGUGUUCGAAAACCUUGCUGUCCAAGCAUAUGACGAAGAUGCACGGGGUGGAGAAAAGGAAGAGGCUGCAAGAGGCCAUUUUCACUUGCGCUAUUUGCGAGUGGUCGUCGCGAAACAGACCGAGAAUUCUACUUCACCUCAUACACCAUCCCGAUCAAUUUAUCGAUGAAAAAGUAAUCGACGUAACCGUUUUAAAAAAACAUGGUAUUAUAAAAUGA